GAAACAACGCGACCGCCGCUUCACAGUCCGACCUGCAGCGGUAGGGUGACGGCACAGAGCCGGUGUGAGGACAGGCUGUAGGGGAACUCUUAAUGCCGGCUUUUGAGAGGAUACCGAACGAGAAAAAGGGAAAACUGAUCUUAAAGGGCAACAUAAUAUGUUAGGAACGAAAUGCCGGGACCCACUACUGUUUUGUUCGUUUAAAUUCUUACUUUGAGCCGGUAGAAUCCGUCCAACGUAGAGAACUUUGGGUUUUUAUCGUUGACUAUUUGAAACUUUUAUUUGGGCAAAUUCAGUCUCGCUUCAUCGUGGUGGUAUUUUUGAAAGAAGUGGAUCAAGAGAUGUUGGCACUAAGUGAUUUUCUUAUUUUCUCUAAUAGAUAUUUCUCUAAUAAAGCCGGUGGGUUAAUUAUGGCUAGUGCUCGACAUACGUUAAAUGUUUAAAUUAUUUCAAAGUGCACGUUCAAGGCUAGUAAUUAAUUGGAAUCCUUGGAAAAUAAAUUGAGCUAGGCGUGAGCUCCCGCUUGUUAACUUCAGAUAACAAAGUGGAAUCUAAAAGAGAAGGGAUUUUUAAGUCUAAGAACUUGUGGGUAAAUCGGUGUGGGCCCGUGUAACCGGCGGAGGGUCAACUAUAAUGUCAUAAAAGUGUGAUGGAGUUCUUUCAAGUGACGCAAACGUAGCCUACUCUUGAAGACUUUUACGUGCCUAGUCUGCCGCAGGACACACCACGACCGGUAGCUUUGAAUUUGACGCACAAAUUAACAAUUUUGUGCGUCAAAAAAAAAAAAAAAACUGGCCGUGCUCAACGCAUUUCACCGUUGGCAUUGAACCGCAAACGAACGGCGACGGGUUUCCCUCAACGACGCAAAGACAAUGGCCUCUGCCUCACGAGACAGCUGCUUCUGGUUGCCGUGGAGACGGACCCUGCUCGCGCUGUGGCUGUUAGCGGUCGGAGCGCGUGGAGCUGAGGACGAGGGUUCCUUCAACGCAGAGGCAUGGCUGGGGAUGUAUGGUUACCUGCCCCAAGCCAGCCGGCAGAUGUCUACCAUGAGAUCAGCUGAGAUCCUGUCCAAUGCCAUCAGCGACAUGCAGCGUUUCUAUGGUCUGGAGGUCACCGGGCAAAUGGAUCCUCAAACCAUCAGUGCCAUGAGAAGACCCCGGUGUGGCGUGCCUGACAAGUUUGGAGGGCAAAUUAAGACCAAUGUCCGGCGGAAACGUUAUGCGCUCACUGGACAUAAGUGGAACAAAGGCCACCUCACUUACAGUAUUCAGAACUACACCCCCAAAGUUGGAGAGUAUAACUCGUUUGAGGCCAUCCGGCGAGCCUUUAAAGUCUGGGAGAAAGUGACCCCACUGAGCUUUGACGAAAUCCCCUACCAGGAAAUCAAAUAUGGACGUCGCAAGGAGCCCGACAUCAUGAUCUUCUUUGCAUCUGGUUUUCAUGGAGACAGCUCUCCUUUUGACGGGGAAGGGGGCUUCUUGGCCCACGCUUACUUCCCUGGACCCGGGAUGGGAGGGGACACGCAUUUUGACUCUGAUGAACCGUGGACAAUAGGGAGCCACAAUGUACAUGGGAAUGACCUGUUCUUGGUCGCUGUCCACGAGCUGGGGCACGCCCUGGGUUUGGAGCACUCCAACAACCCGCUGGCCAUCAUGGCUCCUUUCUACCAAUGGAUGGAGACGGAGAACUUCCAGCUGCCUGAAGAUGACCGUCGAGGCAUCCAACAGAUCUAUGGUCAGCCGGAUGGUGGCCCCACCCAGGCCCUGCCCACAGUGACACCCCGCCGCCCGGAGCCCCGACCACCUCACCAACCUCCACGACACCCCGACCGGCCCAGGACCACCGACAGACCAGACCACUACGGGCCAAACAUCUGCGAGGGGAACUUUGACACAGUGGCCAUGCUGCGAGGAGAGAUGUUUGUUUUCAAGGGUCGUUGGUUCUGGAGAGUGCGUCGGAACAGGGUACUGGAUAACUACCCAAUGCCCAUCGGCCACUUCUGGAGGGGUCUUCCCGGAGACAUAGAUGCCGCGUAUGAGAGACACGAUGGCAAAUUUGUCUUCUUUAAAGGAAACAGAUUUUGGCUCUUCAGGGAGGCAAACCUUGAACCAGGCUAUCCACUGGAGCUGGUUGAUUAUGGUCGAGACAUUCCUUACGAUCGCAUAGAUGCAGCCAUCUGGUGGGAGCCAUCCGGCUACACUUACCUAUUUCAGGGAGAUCGGUACUGGCGUUUCAACGAGCAGUCGCGGUCGGCUGACAGAGGAUACCCAAAACAGAUCAGCGUGUGGGGUUCCUCCGUGCCCUCUUCUCCCAAAGGGGCCUUCCUCAGCGAUGAUGGGGCCUACACCUUCUUCUACCGGGGCUCCAAGUACUGGAAGUUCGACAACCACCGCAUGAAGAGCGAGCCGGGCUACCCCAAAUCCAUCCUGAGAGACUUCAUGGGCUGCAGCGUGGACCUGGAUCCCGACAGGGACACCGACGCCGGCCGCAAGUACCCGGACGUCAACCGCCCGCCGUUCAACCCGGACGCCGGGCGCGACAGAGACCGCAACAAAGACCGGGAGGGAAAAGACCGCGACGGGGUGGACAAGGACGCGGGCAAAGGGUCGGACGGCAGCGACGGAGACGAGGACUACCGGGAGGGCCGAGAAGAGGACACCAACGAGGUGGACGUGGUGCUGACGGUGGACGACGAGGAGAGGACCAUGAACAUUCUGAUGGUCACCAUCCCGCUGGUCCUGGUGCUGUGCAUCCUGGGGCUCAUCUACGCCAUCAUCAACACGCUGCAGAGCAAAGGGGCGCCGCGGCUGCUGGUGCACUGCAAGCGCUCGCUGCAGGACUGGGUCUGAGCCCCGACUGGAAGCGGACUUGGACCUGACCGGGACCCGAGACGCCACCCAACCUCUGAUCAGAACCCCCACUUUCCCGUUUUUGUGCUCAAUGGCUCGUAGUACAUGUGGUAGUAGAUCCAUGCAGAUACUGUACCAACACAUCGGCACUCACAAAUACAAAGCAAACAUAAAUUAUGCCUUACAUUCAGACUAACAAACACACACACACGCACCCACACACCUCCUCCUGUCCCCCAUGGUGCUCUACAAAGCGGUGACUGUAGUCUAUUUAUACGAGAGAACUUUGCACAUAGUUUUUUUUUUUUUUAUUGUUUUGUUUUGGUUCAUUCUGUGUGACUUUUUGUUUUUGUUGUUGUUUUUAAACCAGGAAGGCUUUUCUGGCACUGGCCUCUCCCCGUUCCCCUAAUCCCAGCAGGGGCUCUUUCCAAUCUGAUAACUUGACAUCUGCUCAUGUCGUCUUAUUGGCCACAAAAGAAAGGAAUGCAAACGGCUUGCAGACUGACCACUGUGCUUCAGGUACAGUUUCGUAGGGGUCUCUCUUUCCCCUCAUAGUUUUUGCUCGGUUAUUUUUCCUGAUAUCGUAUGUCAUAUGCAAGGAGGUGGUUUAGAAAGUAGUGGAUUUGGUUUACAGUAAAAACCUGCCAUGAGCCCAGAUAUUACUCUCUUAUGGUGGCGUGAUGGUUCAUUACAAUUGAAGCCAUUUUUUUUGUCACCAUUUACAGUCUUGUGCAGCAGUCUCAUACCCCUUCUUGUAAUUUGUUUCCAGCCACCAGACUUUCAUAUCUUUAAAGAGUUACCUCAAGCGAUAAUUUUUCGGACUUUAUGAAGAUCUGAUUUUGCUUCUUUUCAAUCCCUUAAGAUAAAACUAUGUCAAUUCAAACUCCAGGGAUCAAGCAAACCUUUUCCGUGGAGAAUUGAGGCGAGGGGAGGCUAAAGACUUUCCACAGGACAGCGCGCCAGCGGGAAUAGCAACAGUUACAGAAUAGUUGCUGAGAUCUGUUCCGUAAACACUGCACGGCACUGUCAGGGAAGUCUUUUAUGUACUAAACAUGAAGCUACAAACCGUUAGCUUAUGUUCGCGUUCGGACUGGAGGCAGCUGGCUGGGCUCCCCCCAGCAUCUUUAACUUUUACAGCUGUUCACAUUACACUUUAGUUAGUUUCCUCUGUCAUAUAGAAUUAGUAUAAAUUAGAUAUAGAGGAGGCACUUUUUUGAGGCUGCGUGCACCGUCGGCAGUUACAUUUUAGAAGUCUUAACAUGGUAGAAGGCUUAUAGAUAUUAGACCUAAGUUUUAAGAAAUUGGAAUUUCUGUUUUAAUUCUAAAAAACCUGAAGCCUUAUUUUUUGUAUUGUGCUCAGUCGGAUAUAUACCUUCUUUCUUUACCUUAUUUGGAAACUAUCUAAAAACCUUAGAGCUUCAAGGGUAAACAAACCUUAAAGGGGAACCCCUCCCAAUGCUUUCACAGUUACGGGUUUAAUUCACAAUGUGCCUCUGUUCUGUCAACAGUGGGAGCUUUUUCUUUGUUCUGCAGCAGAGUUGGACUGACAGGAAAUGUAAAGAGUCGACUCAUUGUGAAAUGACACAGGAGACAGAGCUUUGGCCUAUCGCGGGCAGGAGUUAGAAGAUAAGGGACCGACAAACCAAAGCCUUAACAUCCCACGUGGUAUCCGACGGGCCCGUCUUCCCUGUCUCUUUGUUUUAUUUUCAAGGCAAUUUGGGAAAACUCUUGUUGCAAUCCUUUUCCACUCUAAGGGCACCUGUGUGCUUCAGGGUGGGCUGACACCAUUCGGGCUCACGUGAGCGCAGGCUAAUCCUCUUAAUCAGAAACAGCAGGUGUGUGCAAAUGCCGCUGACCCCCCGAGACCCCCAAACCUAAAUCUUUAACUCCACAUAAUCAAAACACUUCCCUUUCCCUUUUCAUCUGGCCAGAACAAAUAAAAAAUGGAGAUAAACCCCUCAUUACAUCUGUAUGAAAGCGCUGUGUUGACGCUUUUAAUGGCUAUUGAUGGUUGAGAUUGGCUGCAACAGAAUCCACCGCUACAUUUGAAGCAUAGUUUUAGUGUAUUUAUAGUUUUCAGGAGUCAGACUGAGUACCUGGUAUGAAUAAUGGAUGGCUGGAUGAAGAGUCGAACUGAACAAAAAAAAGUUCCAAAUAAUUAGAGCGGUAGCUGCAAGCAGAAAAUCUUUAAAAUAGCAGCAAAGGUGUUCGGGUCCAUUAAAGGGUCUCAAGCGGGUGAAACCGAAGCAGCAGCUUAGUUGAAAGGCAGGAUUUGUCUCUGAUCUCCUCUUGAAUACAAGUAAAAAAAAAAAAACGGUCUAAAUCGAGAUGUUUGUCUUCACUUCUCAAUUGGAGGAAGGCUUAUCUGAGCUAGCAUGUUUGCCAGGUUCAGGUUACAAAGAUGUAGACAGCGGGGGUGUGGGGUGUGGGGGUGGAUUCUAAAUUUCCUGUAGCAUAAAUGAGCAAAGGUUGGGUUAUUGGGGGCGGGGGGGGGGGGAGGCAAAGGGGAAAGGGACUGACCUCGUCUCCCUGAGCUUGCAGAGUUUGGAUGAAAAGAGGGAGGGAGAGAAAGAGAGAAAGAGAGCUGGCAGCAGCUCAUGUGACCCAAAUUCUUCCGCGAUCCCAACGGUGCUGGCAAGGAGGAAACUCAAGCUCACAGUAGGGCGGCAGGCCACUUUAGGACAGCUCAGACAAAUGUGUUUAUCGCCGUUUGAAUUAAGUCCUCACCACCAGAAACCCCCCAACAGGUGAGGAGAGGAUGAGGUGACCCCUUCCGAACAAGCUGAGCUAAACAGGAACGCAGACAGGAAGAGUCAAAGCCGAAUCGGCCGUCACCAGAGGUCUGGAGAUUGAUCCGUGGCAGGUCGAUCGCGGUUGCUCGGAGACGGUGUCCCGUGUCCAUCGCUCACCUCCCCAUCGUUGUAGGUUUUUUUUUUGCGGGUGGGGGUUGGCGGGCGCAGCUAAUCAGCGUUAAAAGCACCACCACCAUCCCCCCCCCAACCAACCUUCGGCUCCACCGUCCUCUGCUGUCCUGUCCCUCGCUUCCCAUUGGUCUGUCUGGCUCAUCAGCGGUCAGCCGAGGAGCGUCUGGACAGGAUCAGAAAGUGCAGACUCACCGCACAGGGGGGGGGGGCAGCGAUGGUCUUUAUCAGUCCUCUUUGUACCGCACGAGCCAAAUGGUUGUCUUCAGAGUCGGAGUUUGCGAUUCAGCUAAUUCUAAUUCGAUCCCGCUUAUUGUUUCAGGGAAAAGAGCAGCGGAGAAGAUUUGAAAGGUCAGGGAAGAAAGCUGUCCAGUCUGAUUGAUGUGUGUGUGUGUGUGUGUGUGUGUGUGUGUGCGUGUGUGUGGGUGUGUUGGUUGAGGUGAUCAGUUAAUCAACCCUACUCUCCAUCAGCGAGGCCUGCUCUCCGAUUGUAAAUCUCCCACCCCCCUCUCCAUCCCCUCUGCAUACUCAGCCCGGCCCUCCAAAAGCCCGAGGGGAUCAUAACAACAACAAUGGCCUUCUCUCUUCCACUCCCUCUCUCCUCCCUCUUGUUUUCUCUCUCUCUCUUUCUCCGACACACACUCACACAAACACACGAUUGUCUCUGUGAGCCUCACCCUUCUCCUCCCCCCCCCCCCCCC